GUUGGCGACAGAAAUCGAUGCUUCCUUUUCCGGCACCCGGCGUCCAUUUUCUGUUGGCUGCACCUCGUUAGACGCACAAGUUUCGGCGUCAACAAUAUAUUUAGAAUUUAAAUAAAACACAAGAACCAACAAUGGAAGGUGCUCCGGCUCCAAGAGGAGGUUUUCGCGGUCGAGGUGGACCCGGUGGACCGAUGAGAGGACGCGGCGGCUUCGGGGACAGAGGAAGGGGUGGACCUCCGAGAGGUGGAAUGAUGAGAGGCGGACGUGGAGCUCCCGGAGGAAUGCGAGGUGGACCACCAGGAAUGCGCGGCCGAGGUGGACCCCGAGGAAGAGGUGGACACUUCCCACCUGGAGGACCACCUGAUCCAUCGAUGGCAGGACCAGGUGGACCACCAGGACCAAUGGGUGGACCUCCAAGAGGGCCAAGAGGAGGACGGGGUGGUGGUGAUUUCAGAGGCGGACGAGGUGGUGGCUUUGGCCGAGGAGACAGUCGUGGAGGUGGUUUCAGAGGACGUGGAGGAAUGGACCGUGGUCGAGGUGGACCAAGAGGAGCGCCCGGGGGAAGGGGAGGUCCAGGAGGACCAAGAGGCGGUGGUUUUGGUGACCGUGGCAGGGGCGGAAGGGGCGGCGCGCCCGCGAAACGAGGCGCAGGACCACCAGGAGCAAGUGGACCACCAAAAAGGCCAAGAUUCGAUAAUCCGGCUACACAGUCUGCCAAUGGUUAUGGUGCUGUCCCUCCUGGCCCAGGAGGUUACGGUGGCGGCUCGGGUAACGGAUACGGUGGAGUACCACCAGGCCCGCCGCCGGCGGCCGGAUAUGGAGCCGGUUACGGAGCACAGCCAGGAUACGCGCCACCUUAUCAAGGCUACGAAGGCUAUCAACAGCCAGCAGAUUACGGGCAGGCUGCCGGAUACGCGGCUACUCCACCCGAUCCAAGAUACGGAGGUGCGCCAGCUGUUCCACCCAGUGGAUAUGGAACAGAUCCAUAUGGUUAUGGAAAAACACCUGCUGUUGACUACUCAGUACCAGACGGCGCCUAUGGGAAGCCAGAUUACGGGUGACAAGAACGUGAGGUUUUGGCCACGCCAUAAGAAAACUUCUUCCAAUGCCACAUGACUGGCUGAUCUGGAUAUCCAGGAUUUGGAUUCUGCAUCCUUGAAAAAGGGCGAGAGAGAAGUCUUGAUGAGUGUUAUCCUCGAAAAUUGUUGAAGGUAGAAUGGAUUAUUUAUUUUUGUAAUUUUUUUUUGCAAACCCGUUGUCAUGUCAUCAA